GCAGACAAGCAGAUCAUCACACAUCUCUCCAGCAUUCUACAUCAGUUUAUCCAGCUUUGAACGGAGCAGAGACCAAGAGGACGACCUGUUGAGGAAUUCACCGUUUCUGACAUGCACUUUGAUAAAUCAACAAAGGAGAAGCCGUGUUGCACUCUGCCCACUGUGAAGAAACUCCUGGAGCAGAAGAGAAGGCGUGAGACGUCUUCGUUGCCACCCUCCUGCUCUACAGCCAGCACAAGUCCUGCUCCUCCUCAGACUGCUGCUUCAUCAUUGUCCCCACCAGAACCAUUUCCCUGUGCAGGUUCAUCCAGCAGCUACUCAGACAUGGCUGUGAGCUUUGAGCAGUGGACUCCAGCACAAGAAUCUUCUCUCAGUUACUACUCUGGCCUUCCAGGAUCAAGCUAUACCCCAUCCUACAGCCACUCAGUGACAAGUGAAUACACACAUCAGCCAGCCGUGGGAUUUGGAGACGCACUGCCUCAGACAUAUGAGUGUCCAGUAUCGGUCACAGAUCCCACUAUGGAUUCUUCCUGGUCUUUUCUGGGUCCCAGUCAGAGCACACAGCUGAGUUUUGGAUCAUCCAUGGAUCCAACCAAGCUGCAAGAGGCUCAGAUACUUCUGAGUGAGAUGGACUACAGCCGAGCCACCGGGCAGGAUGAAGAUGGAGACACAAUCCUGCACAUCUAUACAGCCAAGGGGCUCAGAGAGUAUGCUUAUGCUGCUGCAGAGAGGCUGAAGCUCUUCAACAGGCUGGACGCCAAAGAACACAAGGGAAAGACGGCUUUACUGGUGGCAGUGACAGCAGACCAGCCAGGGAUUUUGCAAGAUCUGCUUUCACUUGGAGCGGACAUCAAUGCCUGUGAUUUCAAGGGACAAACUGCUCUACAUCUGGCCGCUCACUAUGGCUUACCAGGGAUUCUGCAGGCAAUUCUUUCUAGCAGGCCAGAUGUCAAGCUGGAAGCCCGCAAUUUUGAAGGCAUGACUCCCCUGCAUUGUGCAGCGAUUUCUCACAGUACCAUCAUGAAGGCUUUUUACAGCAGUGCACUGGCAGAUGUUAGUCUGCAGAACAAGGCUGCAGCGAGGCUCUCCUGUGUGCAGAUACUCCUCAAUGCAGGGGCAUCACCGCUCAGCCAGGAAAUCAAAAGUAACAAGACAGUGCUGCACUUGGCUGUGAAGGAGGGGAAUGUUGACCUGGUGCAGCAUCUGCUGAAGAUUCCCCUGCCAAACAUGAAAGACUUUGUCAACUUGAAAGCUCAUGGCCACACAGCUUUACACAUGGCAGCUGGUCUCCAUGGUAACCCCCACCAGGCGGAGAUCCUGCGGCAGCUGCUAAGCCGAGGAGCUGAUCCCAGCAUCCGCAACCUGGAGAACGACCAGCCGGCUCACCUGCUGCAGAGUGGCCACCAGGGGGAGCAGUUAAAACUCAUGCUGAAGAAACGGAGUGCCUCCUCCCGUCGACGUAACGUGUCCUUACAGGACCAGGAAUAAAUUCAAACCACUUGUAAUCCCUAUUUGGAGGGAAUAAGUCUUUAAGAUGUUGCCUCUGUUGAGAAGGGGAUUUACACUUAUUAUAUGCUGGGAGUCUCUGGCUCGGAAAUGGUUCUCAAAGUAGUUUGGCUUGUAAAUCUCUGCAUAUAAUUCAUAUUGGAUUGUAUGAUUGAUCCUUUGGUGUAUAAAGGUUAGAAUUAUUUAGUUUAUUAGUGGCUUAUUUAAUAAUGUUUUUUACAUUUAAACAAAAAAUUUCACUCUAGAAAGUCUUAUCCACCUUCUAAUGUUCCUGCUGCUGCUUAUAAAUCAGCAUUUUGGCUACAAGGUUUUAGAAGCCUUAUGUAUUUAUUUGAUCAAAAAUUGCUGAUUAAUCAUCAGAAAUAAAGUGCAAUAAUAAAAAAGGACAGUGCUAUGAAGAAUGGGUUCAUUUUCCCAGUAGGCCAUACUCCCAGCUUAAUGUAGAUUUCUGUGAAAUCAUCUGUUUGACCUUCAGGUCAUGUCCCUGAAAGCUCUCUGACACCAUCCUGAAAACCCCCUGUCAUUACAGUAAUCAUAUUGAUACAGUGAAUGAUGCUUCUGAUUUCAGUCAGCCUGUGUGCUCAUAUUAUCAUUUAUUAUUUAUGUCCUUUUAUGUGCAUCAUACUUACUUGUUUUUUGUAUGGAAAAAAAUGAAACUUGAUUAUGUUAAAUUACUGUGUAAUUGAAACUGACUGUGACAGAGAAUGUGCUUAUAUCGGAGACAAUAUAUGAGUGGGCGUGGUGACAAGUUGUGUGACUAACUGUACAUUUUAAACAUGACUCAUGAAUACAAUAACACAGUCUUAAAUUUCUUUCAGAUUGUUGUGAUGUUGUCUACAGAAAUAAGAAGGUUGGAAAAUACAACAUCCCACAAGAAAGCUGUGUACAAGUCACUUUGAAAUAGCAUUUAUGAUAUUUCCUGAGAUGACAUUAAGGUUUGGUUGAGGGUCAUAUGAGAGUUUGACUGAUAAAUCAGCUUCAAAUAGUCCCUCAUCUUUGUGUCAUCACUGUUGCUAGAAAUUGUGAAGUCCCUGUGAAGCAGAGAGUGAAGAUAAAUACUUAAAGUAAACAACAGAUAGUUUACAUUAAAUUUAUAUCAUUCUAAGUGACAUAUCUGGCAUUGUUAUGAUAUAAAAAUGUCCUUUGGUGCACCUGGUGUGUUUCAUCACUGUGGUCUGGUUUGGUUCAGUCCAGGAUAAUGUAAGGAAGUGUUUUUGUAGCUCAGGACCAACAGCCAACUCCUAAAAGAGAAUAUGCAACCCAUAACUUCAUAUAUAUCACUACUAUAAUUUUUCCCCUUGGGUGGAAUUGCAUUUUUGGCAUUUUAAAUCUAAAUUUAUAUUUAAAUUGUUCAGUGCCUUUAACUACCCGAUAAGCAAAAACUAGGCUCUCCAUAUUUUUUUGGCUGAGCCCUGGUUAUUUAAAACUUCCAGGUUUGCCCCUGAUGAAGGACUCAAGGUUAUUAUAGAUCACCAAAACUAAAAUGAAAAAAAAAAAAAAAAACAACCUCAAAUUUAACUGAAACUAAAAAAAAAAAAAGUUUAAAAAAGUUUUACAGAAAAAAAAGAGGAAAACUAACUAAACUUGAGUCUAUGUUUACAAAAUUAACUAAAAUAAAAUUAGGGGCAAGAUUUCCUUAGUUUUAAUCUUAGACAGGAGCAGACUGACUGACAUGAAACCCUGAGCCUGGAGAGCACAAAUCACCUGAUUUAAUUGGCAAGGACUUCACACAAUGCUAAUAUAAGGUCUUAAGCUGUAUUCAAAGAUCAAAUUUAAAUAAAUAUAUUGAAAAUGGAAGAGAAGUCUGUUUUAAUGUGUUUUAAAAUAUUGCAUGAUGUAUACUAUUCUGGCCCUUUUGGGACUCGCCCUUGACAAAUAUUCCUUAUUACUGACAAAACUAAAACAAAGCAACAUUGCAGAAUUAAAAGUAAACCAACAAACCAGCAGUAAAAAUUCAUAAUUUCAGAAAGGAAAUUAUAAGCGGUCAUAUUUCACCCUCAGCAUUACCUGUAUAAUGAUGGGUAUUGAUGAGAGACAAACUCCAUCCAAUUGACACAUCCUCCAAGUGUGAGAAAUUUUUCUGUGUAUUGACAUUCAUGUUAAUGUGUAUGGUUAGGGUUUAGGGACAUUCAGAUAUUCUCACGUGCUUAAAGUGGCAGAAAGAGUUUGGGAACGUAGCUCUUAAAGUGUAUUUAUUAAAAAAAAAAAAAAAGCUGAGUUCCAACCACUUUUGACAGACUGCAGUGAGUUUAGUUUCACUCUUUAGGGUCUGAUAGGUACGCUUGUUGCCCCAAAAGAAGGGCACCUUAAAAAUAAGACAGUACAGAUCGGUUAUUUGGUUCCAAAUGUUUGACUGAACUGAACCAGACCACUUGGUAUAAACAAAGGUAAUUACACAUCAUUUAUAUGUAAUACUUUUACUUUUAAAACACUGAAUCACACCUUUUUUCACAUUUCAUCCAUUUUUAAAAUUUAAUUUCUGUUUCAAAAUAAUUGCCACACACGGUUGAAUGUUUUCAUCACUUUAUUGCUAUUUAAUUUUGGCUUAUUUAUUUGUCACUUUCUUUGUUGUGUUG